GUAGAGGAAGAGGUGGCGCAGAGCGUUUCCCACAGCGUAUGGCUGCUGGUGGUCGUCAAUUUGGUGGGCAAUUGACUGGAGAAGACGAUGCAGCUUCAGCCAUCUCAGAAGCCCAAGGAGGAUUACAAGCAGAUGCACCAACCUUUCAGCCUGGCCAACCCAUCGCCCCUCGCAAGUCGCGACCACCACGUCAAAAGCAGCCGCAAGCCCCCAAAUCGACCGCACCCGAUAUCGCCACUAGAACACACGAGGAUAUUGACAAUGGACACUACGAAUGCGCAAUCUGUACUGAAGAUGUCACAAGGCGCACCAAGGGUGUCUGGUCAUGUAGGACGUGUUGGACUGUUUUUCAUUUGGGGUGUAUCAAGAAGUGGUCAACAAAUGAAGGCUCGGCAGCAGCGCGACAACAGACGCAAGAUGGAGAGACGCCUCCCCCGAGGCAGUGGCGCUGUCCCGGCUGCAAUCUACCAAAGGACACCCUCCCCAAGAACUUCCACUGUUGGUGUGAGAAGGAACUCGAUCCGCGAUCAACGCCUGGUCUGCCACCUUUCUCAUGUGGUCAGACAUGUUCACGACCCCGAGUUCUCCCCAAGCCUUGCCCACACCCUUGUGGAUCGACAUGUCAUGCCGGUCCUUGCCCGCCUUGCGGGUUGAUGGGCCCCACACAGCACUGCUUCUGUAGCAAGAAGUCAGUCACCCGUCGUUGUAUUGAUACCGAUUACGAGCAAGGUUGGAGCUGCGGUGAUGUCUGCGGAGGGCUGAUGCCUUGUGGAGAACAUCGAUGUGAACGUCCAUGUCACGAUGGCCCUUGUGGUGCCUGUGAGGUACGAGUGCCAGCGCGAUGCUACUGUGGGCAGAGCCAGAAAGACAUCUUGUGUCACGACCGAGCAGAAGCGAAGCAGAGCAGCCAAUCUCAUGUCGCUACUGAUGGCAGUGCGACGGUAGAGACCUGGGUAGGAUCGUUCCAGUGCCCUGAUCUUUGCGGACGUUCUUUCGACUGCGGGAAACACACUUGCGAACUAGAAUGCCACCCACAAGAUACGAAAGCACCUCAUUGCCCGAGAUCUCCCGACGUAGUCACACGCUGCCCAUGUGGUAAGACUGCCUUGCGCGACAUGUCUAGCAAGCCACGAACGACAUGCGAAGACCCGAUACCGAAUUGCGACAAACCUUGUGGCCAGACACUUGCAUGUGGCCACAAAUGUGAGCAGCUUUGCCAUCAGGGCGAAUGCCGGUCUUGCCUGAAAACCGUCGACAUCUCCUGCAGAUGCGGGCGCACUUCAUCUAGAACCAUAUGCCAUCAGGGAAUAGACGAGCCUCCCCAGUGCAGGCGUGUCUGCAAAGUAUCCUUGAACUGCGGCCGUCACGAGUGUGGCGAGCACUGCUGUGCUGGUGAGAAGAAAGCUGCCGAGCGCCAGUCAAAUCGCCGCAAAGGUAGACCAUUAGAUUCAACUCCUCGGCAGCCUCGCGAGAACUUCGAAGCCGAGCAUAUAUGUACUCGGAGCUGUGGCCGGCAACUGAAGUGCGGCAACCCCGAACAUCGCUGCCAGGAACUCUGUCACAAGGGCCCUUGCGGUACAUGUCGCGAUGCUAUCUUCGAUGAGCUCAGCUGCCAUUGCGGACGGACCGUUUUGCAACCUCCGUUACCAUGUGGUACGAAGCCUCCGCCGUGUCGCUUCAAGUGCGAGCGACCCAAGGAUUGCGGUCAUCCUCAACUGGACCACAGCUGCCAUCAAGACGACCAGCCAUGCCCCAAGUGCGCUUUUCUGACAGCCAAGCCGUGUUUGUGUGGCAAGAGUGUUCUGAAGAAUCAGCCAUGUUGGCUGACUGAGGUACGCUGCGGUCAGGUCUGCGGACGUACGCUCAAAUGUGGGACACACAAAUGCCAGAAGCAAUGCCACCGGCCUGGAGAAUGUGAAGACCCCUGCACUCAAGCAUGUGGCAAAGAGCUCAGUGUUUGUGGCCACCCGUGCCUGGCACCCUGCCAUUUCCCUCAACCGUGCAAAGAAGAGAAGCCAUGCCCACACAAGAUCUUCGUUACCUGCGAAUGCCAGAGAAUCAAGCAAGAAGCCAAGUGCAAUGCUUCGCGUAACGGCGACGGUAAUCUGAAAAAGGUGCUCAAGUGCGACGAAGAAUGUGCACGAUUGGAGCGUAAUCGCGUUCUGGCACUUGCGCUCAACGUUGAUCCGGAGCACCAAAACGAUCAUAUCCCAUAUUCAGAUGCCACACUAAACAUGUACCAGCAGAACGCCACUUGGGCUGUUACACAGGAGAAGCAACUUAGACUGUUUGCUGCCGACCCGGAUCAGAAGCGUCUUCGCUUCAAACCAAUGCCCCGUAACCUGCGCAAGUUUAUUCACUACCUUGCUGAGGAUUUCGGCAUGGACUCCGAGAGCAUGGAUCCGGAGCCGCAUCGACAUGUUGCCAUCUUCAAGACUCCAAAGUUCGUCAUGGCGCCUAUGCGGACACUCGCAGACUGCGCCAGAAGUCGUCAAAUCCAACAGCGUCUUGCCCCUACGCCAGCGCCAGUAACGACUUCGGCCGCUCCCUUGCGUCCUAAGCCCAGUAACACUAACGGAGAUCCCUACAACGCGUUCAUUAUCCUGAACCCUCGCUUUGCACUCACCAUUGAAGAGCUCAACCCCAUCAUCAAGAGCGUACUUGCUACAACAUCCUUCAGAUGCGAACUAGAGGUUACUUUCCUCCCUAGCGAAGCAGUAGCAUUGAAACCACCUCUAGCAGCUCGUCUGAGCAUCCCAGAACAUGACAUGCAGAAAAUGCUCGAGUCGAUCCAGGCACCGCUAACUCAAGCUAUCACGACGCAAGGUAUCGGCAAAAACGUUCAGCUCGCACGUCUCGAUUCUUCGCUCAAUAUCCUCCGUAAGGAAUCUGACGUAGGUCCUGGCUCGGGUUGGAGUCAAGUCGCAGCCUCAAAGGGUGUUCCGCUUCGCCAGAUCCAGAAGACUACAGGAUUCGGUAACAAGGGUGGCUUUGCGGUCCUGAGCUUGAGCAGCAAGAAGAAGAAACAAAAAGAGCCUGUUGAGGAGGUUGCGGAAAAUUGGGAGGAAGCUGAAGAGGAAGAGGAGCAGAAGGAGAAGGUUAGCGGGGCCAACAGUGCUGCAAUGAGUGAAGACGAAGGGAUAUCGAAGAACACAGGAGAAGCUUCGGACAGUAAGGCAGCCAGCGGCGAGGACGAAGGUGCGCCAAAUGGUGUCUCAGAAGCUUCGAGUAGCAUGCCUGCUAGUGAUGAGAACAGCGUCGCGCCGAAGGACGAUGUUGCGCUCUCUACUAAGCCACUACUUGGACGCUGGUCAGAGCUGGAUGACGAACUAGAUUAGCUUUGAUGUAUGUGUACCAUGGAUAUUGUUGAAAGACUUGACUAUCAGAGAGCAGUUUGAUAUUGUUCGUUGGUUGCCAACA